AUGAUAAUGCUGAUUUGGUGCUUCGCCUUGACCAUCACCAUCCCGUGGGCGAUUUUCUUCGACUUGGUACUCAUCUACAGCGACGCGCCUGAUGUUGAACUCUGCGUCGAAGUUUGGCCAGAACCACUAAACGGAGCUUUCUAUUUCCUAACAGCCAAUUUAAUUUUUUGCUAUAUUUUACCCAUGAUUCUAAUAACCAUGUGUUACGUGUUGAUUUAUAUUAAAGUAUGGAAGAGGCACAUUCCAACUGACACUAAAGACGCUCAAAUGGAACGUAUGCAACAGAAAUCUAAAGUUAAAGUUGUUAAAAUGCUUAUUGCUGUUGUAAUACUGUUCGUAAUAUCUUGGUUACCGCUCUACGCGAUUUUUGCUCGGAUUAAACUAGGCGGAGAUAUUGAACCUUGGGAAGAAGAUUUAUUACCAAUUGCCACUCCGAUAGCUCAAUGGCUGGGUGCCUCUAACUCCUGCAUAAAUCCGAUUUUGUAUGCGUUUUUCAACAAAAAAUAUAGAAAAGGUUUUAUUGCUAUUAUAAAAAGCCGAAAAUGCUGCGGCAGAUUGAGAUAUUACGAAACCGUAGCUAUGAUGUCUUCGUCGACAAGCACUAGAAAAUCUUCGCACUUUUACAAUAACAAUUCGUCCAAGAAGGCACCACCAACCGAAACUCCGGUUUCUUAUAUUUGCAACAAUACGGGAGUCUAA